AUGCCCCUCCCCUUCAUGUGCCAGCCCCUCCCCCUCUGCUCCAGCCCCUCCCUUUCUGCUCCAGCCCCUCCCCUUCUGCUCCAGCUCCUCCCCUUCUCCUCCAGCCCCUCCCCCUCUGCUCCAGCCCCUCCCUUUCUGCUCCAGCCCCUCCCCUUCUGCUCCAGCUCCUCCCCUUCUCCUCCAGCCCCUCCCCCUCUGCUCCAGCCCCUCCCUUUCUGCUCCUGCCCCUCCCCUUCUGAUCUAGCUCCUCCCCUUCUUCUCCAGCACCCUCCACUUCUGCUCCAGCCCCUCCCCUUCUACUCCAGCCCCUCCCCUUCUCCUCCAGCCCUCCCCUUCUGCUCCAGCUCCUCCCCUUCUCCUCCAGCCCCUCCCCCUCUGCUCCAGCCCCUCCCUUUCUGCUCCUGCCCCUCCCCUUCUGAUCUAGCUCCUCCCCUUCUUCUCCAGCACCCUCCACUUCUGCUCCAGCCCCUCCCCUUCUGCUCCAGCCCCUCCCCUUCUGCUCCAGCCCCUCCCCUUCAUCGCCUUCCCCUCCCCUUCUGCUCCAGCUCCUCCCCUUCUCCUCCAGCCACUCCCCCUCUGCUCCAGCCCCUCCCCUUCAUCGCCUUCCCCUCCCCCUCUUGCUCCAGCCCCUCCCCUUCAUCGCCUUCCCCUCCCUCUCUGCUCCAGCCCCUCCCCUUCAUCGCCUUCCCCUCCCCCUCUGCUCCAGCCCCUCCCCUUCAUCGCCUUCCCCUCCCCUUCUGCUCCAGCUCCUCCCCUUCUCCUCCAGCCACUCCCCCUCUGCUCCAGCCCCUCCCCUUCAUCGCCUUCCCCUCCCCCUCUGCUCCAGCCCCUCCCCUUCAUCGCCUUCCCCUCCCCCUCUGCUCCAGCCCCUCCCCUUCAUCGCCUUCCCCUCCCCUUCUGCUCCAGCCCCUCCCCUUCUGCUCCAUCACGUUGCUGUAA